AACAAACAACGUAAUGAAACUUUAGAAAUGCGCGUUUUCCCAGUUUUUCGUCUUAUCGCGAUGAACUCCUCCUAUUUGUUUUCUUAAUUUGUUUCGAAGUUGUGAAUUUAGCAUUAACUAUGGAAUGCACGCAAGUAAUUCCGGAUUUACAUCUGACCCAAGAUAUCUCGCAAGUCCUGAAUGAGGAACAUGUUGCACGCAUCUUAAUUGCAAAAACGGCUCAAUGUGAAGGAGCAGAGUACUUUUUGAAAAACGGUCAGAACGUAAUCGGUAGAUGCUCUCUCUCAGCGGAUGUCUGCAUCCAAGAUGUGACUAUAUCAAGGAAACAUGCUGUCAUAAUUUGUCACGGAAAGAAGUCGUUUCAUGUCUAUGAUGCCGGAAGUGCCAACGGAACAUUUCUUGAAAGCAGAGGCUCCAAAUGCAAGCUGGUGCCCCAAGUUCGUUACAAUCUGUGCUGUGGUGACACGUUAACGUUUGGUACCAUUGUAGCAACAUUCACGAAGGACCUUAAAGACCCUGUGGUAAUCGAGGAUAGUGAUUCAGACACUGGCUCUGAGUCUAUGCUACCUUUAGAUGGAGAUGACGAUCCGGAUGACAGUAUUUCUGGACCAGUGAAUCAAAAUAAAAAGAGGAUGAUGAUCUUGAGCGACACUGAGAGUGGACAUUGGGCCGCCAUGGAGAUCCUCGGGACUCUGAAAAAUGCUGACGACUCUGGGUGGGAGGGAGUAGUUGCCAACUUUUGGAAAUUAUCACUUGGGACACUCGCUGCCAACUUUGCCGCAAUAGAGGAGGAUGAGAAAAGUAAUUCCAGCCGAGACUCGUCAUCAGAGAUUCAGUCUAGCCAGCCUGAAAAGCCGGCGGACAAAGAAGUCAGUCCCUUCAAAACUCCAACUGCACCCCCGAUCAGAUCAUCGCAGUUUCGAUUCAGCCAAAGUCCACUAUCCAGUAAGAGCACCCCCAAAACAAGCCUCAGUUCACCUGAAGAGAAUAAGUUUAGGCCGUCUUCAUUUUCAACCCAGGAGGAAUUGGGGAAACAAACCGGAAAUGAUGUCCAGCCAAUGGACCAAGAUUCAGAAAACGAUGUAUCACAAUCUUGCAUCCUUGAUGAUUCCAUCUUCGAUAAAGAAACGCAGCAACUGGAUACGAGCGUUUUCAGCGAAAGCCUUCGGAAACUAUCCCCGAUUAGCAGCAAGCUGUCUUCACUCAAAGGAAGUAGAAAUUCUGGAAACCAAGCUUCAAACAGGGCUGAUAUCUUCAAUCUUGAAACCCAGAAACCGGCCGAAAAUCUGUAUGAGAUGGAAACGCAAGAACCGAGUUUCAAUGAUUCCUCUAGUUCAAAGUCUAAAAAAGAUGUUUCUGGUCAAAGCAUUUACAGUCUCGAGACGCAGAAACCUGAGACUGAUAUUUACAGCAGAGAGACGCAGAAAGUGAAAGAUGAUAUUUGUAGCAAGGAGAUAAAGGAAGUGGACUCAGAUUUAUGUAGUGCGGAAACACAGCAAGUGAAAGAGGAGGAGCACCAGAAUGGAACUAAUAAAUCGUCUGAAAAUAUUUAUGAUAAAGAAACUCAGAGAUUAAAUGUAAGUAUCUUUGAUAAAAAAACGCACAAACCAGAAAGCGCUAGAAAUCUAUCAAAUUUAGAAACUCAAACAUUUGAUGGAUUUUAUAACAAAGAAACCCAGAAGGUCAGUGAAAAUAUUUUCGAUAAAGAAACUCAGCAAGUCAAUGAAAAUAUUUGUGUUAUCAAAACUCAGAGAUUAAAUGAUGUUUUCAGUAAAGAAACUCAACAAGUGAACGAAAGUAUUAGUGGUUUGAAAACUCGGCAAUUGAAUGAUGUUUUCACCAAAGAAACCCAGCAAGUUGACAAGAAUAUUUGCGAUCUAGAAACGCAGCAGGUGAAUGCAAAUAUUUGUGAUAUAAAAACUCAGCAAUUGAAUGAUGUUUUCAACAAAGACACUCAGCGAGUAAACGAAAAUAUUUGUGACAUAAAAACCCAGCAAUUGAAUGAUGUUUUCUCUAAAGAAAUCCAGCAAGUCGACAAGAGUAUUUGUGAUUUAGAAACUCAGUCAUUGAAUGAAAAUAUAUUCGACAGAGAAACUCAGCAAGGCACCAAAAAUAUUUUUGAUUCAAAAGCUCAGCGAGUUAAUAAAAAUAUAUUCGACGUUGAAACCCAGAAGCCCAGUGAUGAUGUGAAAGGUAUUUUUGAUCUAGAUACUCAAAAAACAGACAUGAGUAUCAGCAAUAUUGAAACACAAAUCAUUCCCGAGUCUCGCAAAAAGAAGAGUAUCUUUGAAGAGGAAACCCAGGAGAAGGAAGCAGGUGAUCUUGAUGCUGGAACGCAGAAACCAGAUGACUCAAUACACUCCACUGAAACCAAAAAAAUCAUGUCACCAUUAGUGGAGGUUUUAAGUAAACAAGCUGAAGAAUCAGAAGAAAGCACCUGUGAUAUGAUCACCCAAAAGUUGAAUGUCCCGAACAAUGAAGGAGUAAAAGAUGAGGAAGAUGAAGAUGAUGAUAUGACGCAAAUCAUAUCGUCAACGCCAGCAGUCAUAAACACAGCCAGAAAGAAAUCUUUAGCAGCCUUGAAUCGAAAUUUAGCAAGAGACCAUCUCGGCUCACCGAUUGUAAGUGAUUCUUCUCAGAAGUCUUUAAAAAGCAAACGUAGUAAAAGCCCUAAUUCAAAUAAUCAGUCGUCAAACACAAGCUCUUUAUACUCUAUGGAAUUGAACUCCGUCAAUGGAGCAGAGGACAUCGAUCUUGAAGAUUUAGGAAAAAAAGUUGACCCCAAAGUUGCGUCUAUAGUUGGAAAUUUGGAUGGAAAAUCCCCUGUAGAAGGUGAGGACAUCAAUGAUGGCGAUUUGAAUGACAUGUUAACUCAAAAACUACCUGUUUCAAGUAGCAAGCAAACCAGAAAAAUCUCCAAUGACUCCAAAAAAGGACGAUUAGACCUCGAUAACAUGCCAACGCAAGUUAUCAGUGAAAAUCAGGAAGCCUCUACCAAAAAAACAAGAAGCCUGAAGAAAGCACCACAUUCCACAUCAGAACUGAUGGAAAUGUCUACACAACUGAUCAAUGAUAGUAGUUCAAAUAGUAAAUGGAAUUGUGGAGAUCGGAGUAGAUUAAAGCGCAAACCAGCAAGUGCUAAAGAAGACCGGGAUGUGUGCGACAUGCUGACCCAGAUGGUGCCUGCUGAAAAAAUGAGCAUCUCAAAACAAUCAAAUUAUAACAAUUCAACAAUGGAUUUAGAUGAGAUGCUCACACAGAAAAUAGAUACCAUCGACGGUGUAGAAACCAUUCGGAAAACUGAAAAGUCUCGCCUGAAACAAACUGCCUCCACACCAAGAGUCUCCUCUAAAAGUUGUUUACAAAGCUCUUCUGUUGACAAUCUAGACAAUAUGCUAACUCAAAAACUACCCUCAAAAGACGUCACAUCUCAUUCAGUUCUUUCGAUGGACGUUUGUCAGAGUCAGCCGUUGGGUGUCUCUAAAAAUUUGGAUGUCAUUUCAAGCGGCGAUGAAACCGAUGAUGAUAUCGGUCAAUUUGUCAAGCCACUAAGUAGCAAAAAACCAGAAGUAGAGCCUUCACUCUUUGAUAAGGAGGUCGAAGCAUUGUCUAAAAAAAUGGAGCAACCGUGCAAAAAUACUGCAAAAAGUACGUCUGUCCAAACUAGAACAGAAUCCCCUGAAGUUCCAGAAUCGCAGUCAAUCAUUACGGACGAAGAAAUAUCAGAGACUCCCUCGACAGGCUCAGAUCCUGUUUUUUCGGACCAAGCAGCUUCAUUUUUUAGAAACAUUCCAGAGAAAAGCAUGAAUGAUGCCUUGUCAACAGGGGAACCAUUAGCCAAAUUUCCAACUGUUGUGGAGAAAGACAGUGAUUCCAAGUCAUCGGGAACUGUGACUCCCGAUGAUCUCGCUUUUGUUCAUGACCUCGUGGCCGCAGAAACAAAAACAGAGAUGAAAGCAGAACUCGAUCUCAAUCUUCAAGCAGGUGAUGAAAAAGCAGUUGUGAAAGAAGAACCCAUUCUGAACUUUGUGACUGCAGAUACAAAAGUAAAUGUACAAACAGAGAAGAAUGUAAAACUAUCGGACAAACUAACUCCUGAUAGUCAGGAAUUCAAUAGCAACUCGACUAAAAAGCUGAGGGGAACCAAAGCCACAGAAUUGAAAGCUGAGGAGGGAAUUGGUUCGGAAGAAACUGUAGCAGAGAAAGCUACGACCAGUAAGCCGCUAUUGGAAGAUGAAACAAAUGUCUCAGCUGAAGAUAAUUCUCAGCCUAAGAAAGUAGGAAGAAGAAGCAAAAAGCCUGGCCUUUCCAUUCCAGAAAAUCAACCUUCGAUAGAAAAAUCUAAUAACCAAGAAAUCACUUCACUUACAACAGUUGAUCCAACUGACAUUGCCAGUGAACCAGCCUCUCCACCUCCUUCCACAAAGACUAGCUCCAGAAGAGGUUCCAAAAAUGCGAGCUGUGCAAAAGCAGGAGAUGGGAGCACAACUUCGGAGAAACAAGAUGAUUUGCCCUUAAGUAGGGUGCGCAGCAGUAGAACUAAAGUCACAGAAGGAAAGUACAAAGCCAUGCUGAAAGGAGUACAAACAUCCGAAGCUGAAGAAGAAAGCGGCAAUCCUCGCUCAAGUAGAAGAAGCAAAAGAGGGGGACAAAAUAUUGUCAUUAAAGCGGAUGAAAAUUCUAGAGAUCCUGAGAAACUCUCGGAGAUUCCUUUGGUGGACGCUUCCAUGAAGUCUUCGCAGGGCAAAAUCUCAUCAAACGAGAAGCCAAAAGAGCAAGGCCGUGCCAAAGGUCCACUUAGCAAGCUUGAAUCAAAAUCGAGCUCUAUUUACGAUUUCAGUUCAGAUGAAAAUGAUCCUUUUAGAGAAUUAUCAUUGUUGCAGACUCAGAGACGUUCACGUCAAAUUUCGGAUAGCACAGAUGAUGAGUUAGAAUCAAAGAAACCAAAAACUAAAAAUAUUGCUUCAGCCGUUUCUAAAGAUUCCAUUCCAGAGGAUAAUACAACUACAAAGGACAUUAACGAGGCUGAAAAGAAGAAAUCUACUCGUGGUAGACGUACUAAAAUUUCACUGGAUGUCACAGACGAAGCCCCCAAAAAUGACAUCAGCGUUGCAAAAGAGAAGGAAUCAACCUGCGGGAAAUCAAGGAAAUCUCAAAUUAUUGAUUCAGGUAGCGAGGAAGAAAAUACUCGCUCUUCAAGGGCUGGCCGUAGUGCUGGUUUGAAACGUAAAGUUGAAGGAGACUCCCACAAUGCUUCUCAAGAUGCUACCCCCACUAAGAAAAAACUGUCUGAACUCGGAACAUCUAAAAAAGAGCCUUGUAAGGACCCGCAAGCUGAAAUAAAAACUAGGACACCAUCGAAAAGGAAAGCCUUUGAAGUGAAAGGGAGUUUUCCACCAGCAAGUGAUGUUUCUACACCAAAGAAAAAGUUAAAAUUAAAUGACAAGAUUGAAAAUGAUUCUGAGGCUUCUUCUUCGGAUGCUGAGCUCUCGAAAACGAAAACCUCUAGCACUAGGAUGUCCAGGCGACAAACAUUACAAGUUGAAAAAGUUGAGGACGUAAAAGAAGAAUCUACCAGAGGCCGCAGAAGCACCAGAGGUGGAAAGCAGGCUUCGCAGAGUUUGGCAGGAUCACAGACAACUAAAUCAAAGGCUGAAACUUCUAGGAAAGAUACUUCUGUGGGAAGAAUGAGUCGUAAAGCUCCAGAAAUUGGCCCAGAAGAAACGGCAGCACAAAGUGAAACGGGUCGCAAGUCAAAAGUGAAAGAAGUAGUGCGUCUCGCAACAAGAUCCAGCAGUCAGUCAGACACAGAUUCUGUCAAAAGCACAGCCAAAGAAAGUGUCAAGAAACCAUUAGAUAGGAAAAGUCGGGCUAGAUUAACUAGUCAAUCGAGCAGUCAGUCCGAUUCUGACUCCUUAAAAAGUGACUCGAAGCUCGCCAAAAAACUAAUCGACCGCAAAAGUCAGGUAGCAACGAAAAGAAAUUCAGUAAUUGAUGCAAGUACAUCGGAAACUGAAAAUGCCAGUCCCUCAAAGACAACAACGCCGGCUAAAUCCAGAGUUUCAAGAUUGGCAAAGCAAGAAGACUCAGUUAGUCCUAGAUCAUCAACCCGGAAAAUAUCUGCACCAAUCAAGAAAUACCACAUUAUGUUUACUGGAUUGGACGAAAAAACCCUCGCCAAAUUUGAGAACAUCGUUACUGCACUUGGAGGGGUGUUGGAAGAAAAUCCUUCAUUAUGUACAGUCUUGGUAACAGACAAAGUCAGGCGCACGAUAAAAUUUCUGUCAACGCUGGCGCAAGGGAAACCUAUUGUCUCUAUCAAGUGGUUGGAGGUCUCGAAUAAAUUGAAGUCUUUCAAAGAUCCAUUUGAAUACUUGAUUCAAGAUAAACAGAGUGAACAGAAUUUUGACUUCAAUUUGUCAGAGUCCCUUACCAAAGCUCUGGACACACCUCUCCUAGCAGGAUACUCCGUUUUUGUUACGCCAUCAGUUAAACCCGAGCCAUCUCAAAUGAAAGCAAUCAUCGAAAGUGCAGGAGGCAAAUUUCUCAGCAAACAGCCUGCUCUCUGGAGCGAAAAUAGUUUCAUUGUUUCAAGUUUGGAGGACAAAAGUCAUUGGCCCAAAGACAAAGGCUCCAAAUUCACUCCAAAAAUUGUCUCUGCUGAAAUUAUCUUACGAGGGAUCCUGCAGCAGCGACUAGACUUUGAAGCCCACAAAUUGAAAUAAGUUUGGUAGUUUGAAGUUCCUUUUUUGUUAUUUGUUUUUGCUCUUGAUGUAAACUUUGUAAUGAAGUUUUUUUAAAUUUUAUGCUUAUUCAUGAAGAAAAUUAUAAAAAAAUCACUGUUGUGAAUAUUUUUUACUUUUAUUAGCCAUUUUCACUUCACUUCCUUUGUUUUUUUCUCAAUUUUAUAUAUCUGAUUUUUUGCUCAUUAUUCUGUGCGUAAUGUAUUUUCUUUUUAAAAAUUGUAAAUUUUCUAUCACAUGCUGUGACCCAUGUGGGCAUGUCCUUUUUACCUUUCUAUUGUUCUAUAGCGGAGUCCAGUUGACAGGAAAGAUUGUAUUGUCACCAAAAUUACUUUGUUUAGAACCAAAGCAGCUUAUUGGAUUGAAAGUAAUAUUGUAGAAUGGGUCAGUGGAAUUCAUUUUUUCAAUCAUUUUCUAAAAGUAUGGAGUAAAUUAAGCCCCUAUAAAUUUCUUCAGAUUUUUUAAACUGUGAAUGGCAAAGAAACUCCCUUUUAAACAUGCCCAAAAUGGGAUGUGUUUGAAACAAUAUUUUUGGCGGGCUUUGACGACGUAACUAUGUGGGAGAAAUAGCAUUAGCUGAUUGGCUAAACUCAGCUUAAAGCAUUGCCUGGCUCCAUCAACUUGACUGUUGGCUUUUGAUCGAUCAGUCUUGGAUCAGCUUUUUCUCUCGCUAGAAAUGCUCAUUUGAAUUUUUUAUAGAAAAGUAUGAGUUUUCCCACACUAAAUUUUAUGCACGCAUUUUUUUCCACAAAAUUUUGCUUUACCACAAUCCUGCAAAAAUUCCUUGCCACUGCCUCAUUUCAUGUUAAAGGGAACAUACUCACAAAUCUAUUUCGAGCAAAAAACUUGAAAUUUUGUACCAAGAAGCAUAAGUUUUAAGUGAUUGUGUCCAUUUUAUAUAUUUUGUAAGUAUGUAUAAUUGUAAUGUGAAUUUUUUAUCCAGGAGGAUAAUUAUUUUUUGCUUCCUCAGGAAUUGUUUGUUUCUAUUUGUUAUUCUUUUGAAAAUUAUACCUCAAAAUGUUAGUACUUUUUUGAAAAUUACCGCAAGAAUUUCUUAUAAUUUUGAUAAUCAUCUCAACAUAUCUGUAAGUAUGUAGCUCCAAUUAAGUAAUGCAGUGAAGAUUAAGACAACAACAAAAUUUUACUAUAUUGCGUUGAAAGGAGUACGGUAAAACGAACGGAUUUAUGUGAAAUCAGCCUAAUUGUGUUUCUCAUUGCCUAAUUUUCUCCGAUGUUAUUUUGUUUUAACAGAGAAUUACACCAUAAGACUCCUAUAAAUGUGUGUGAAUUUAUCCCACGUUAUGAAGAAUUUAUACAAAUUUAAGUUCCAGCUUUGUUUAGUUUUCUGUUGAUAAAAUAGAACAUUAGAGAAAAUCAGGCAAUGUUCAAUGUAGUUCAGCUGAUCCAUGCUGAAUCCAUCCAAAUUAAGUUGUUGAAAAAUCGAGUGUUCGAGAACAGGACACAUUUUCAAAUUUAUCUUCGAACAAAAACAUGUAAUUUUGUACCAAGAAAUGAAUCCUGCAAAGUUAUUGGGGCCAUUUCAUUUAUGAGAAAAAUGAUUUGCCAGGGAAAAGUAGUCUCCUUCGAUGAGUCUCUCUGUUUAUUUUUUGCAAAAAUGUGUUCAUAAAAGUAGACUUAGGUAAUACUUCAUAACACAUAAUAACUAGAUUUUAGUACUAUUGUAAAAAUCUUCUGUAUCAACCAGUUUUAAUUAUAUUCACAAAUGUAAAAAGAAACUAUAAUUUGAAAAGUUCAAUUGGAUUGAGAUUUGUACAUUUUGUUUUUAAAUUUGGAGGUGGAGAAUUCACAGUCAAAUAAAAUCUUGUAAAAUUGUAUA